AGCGGUCCUUAUUUGAAAUAGCCCCUUCCCCUUCAUUCUAUUUCUUAACCACAAAACUUCAUAUUUUCCCCCGACUCAAUUCAAUUCACGUUCUGAAGUACUUAGCAAUGGCUCCGUCCGACGAGUCUGGCCACUCUCUCGUUCCUGAAUUUCUUUACUCAUCACCGUCAUCGUCAAAGAGGCCCUUCCAUCUGGGUACGUUGAUGAAGAAGAAUCACGGGUUGACACCAACGACGUCGCCGGUUGUGUCGAAUUCAUCAUCGGUGCCGUCGCUCCCGCCAGGAAGGGGUUUUGUGAUCCCAUCGCCCAGCGAGAAGAUCGAGUUGUUUUCUCCGGCUUUCUACGCUGCAUGUGGAAUCGGAGGGUCGUUGUGCACUGGUCCUACCCACAUGGCCGUCACUCCCCUUGAUGUCGUCAAGUGUAACAUACAGAUCGAUCCAGCAAAGUAUAAGAGCAACAUGUCAGGAUUUGGGGUUAUUAUGAAGGAGCAGGGUAUUAAGGGCCUUUUUAAGGGAUGGGCACCAACUUUGCUGGGUUACAGUGCUCAGGGAGCUUGCAAGUAUGGAUUUUACGAGUUCUUCAAAAAGUAUUACUCAGACAUUGCCGGGCCUGAGUAUGCAGCCAAGUACAAGACGUUGAUAUACCUUGCCGGUUCAGCUUCUGCAGAAGUGAUUGCUGCUUUUGCCCUUUGCCCAAUGGAAGCAGUCAAAGUUCGCGUCCAAACUCGGCCUGGCUUUGCUCGUGGCUUAGCAGAUGGUCUCCCCAAGAUCGUCAGAGCUGAGGGUGUUCUUGGGUUGUACAAGGGACUUGUUCCUCUAUGGGGGCGUCAGAUUCCAUAUACAAUGAUGAAAUUUGCUUCAUUUGAGAAUAUCGUGGAGAUGAUGUACAAACAUAUCAUCCCUACCCCUAAGGAGCAGUGCAGCACUGGUGUGCAGCUUGGAGUGAGUUAUGCCGGAGGAUAUGUAGCAGGCAUAUUCUGUGCACUGGUCUCUCAUCCUGCUGAUAAUCUUGUUUCUUUUCUCAACAGUGCCAAGGGAGCCACUGUUGGUGAUGCUGUGAAAAAGUUUGGGCUAUGGGGUCUUUUCACUCGUGGCCUUCCUCUUCGGAUUCUUAUGAUUGGGACGCUGACCGGAGCGCAAUGGGGAAUCUAUGAUUCUUUCAAAGUGUCUGUGGGACUGCCCACUAGUGGUGGAGCUCCCACUCCAGCUGCCACAGUAGUUGCAAAUGCUUGAGUCAGAACUCAGAAGUAUAUACAGACUUUCUUUGUACCCUGAAACCCAAUAUUAGUUGGUCCAAUUAUAGGGAAACUUUUGAUUGGUCAGGAAUGUAGUCAUUUCUCAUUCUUUUGAAGGAGCAAUAAUGGUCCCCUCCGCCUCCUCCUUGUAGUGAUUCUAUUUUGUGGCCACUUUAUUUGCAAAUCUAUUUUGUGGCCACUUUACAAAUCUUUUUUUUUAGUACAAUUUACAACAAUGGAUUCAUGAAUACAUUAUGAGACUUAACCUAA